AUGUCGUUGUCGAACACUUCAAUAGAGGUGUUGAGGCAGCAAAUGGAUGAUAGUAAUCAUGAGUUGGUUAAUAUGUUAACUAAUCAAAUGGGUACAGUUUUUAAUCCUGUGAUACAGGAAUUCGCUGAAACAAAUAGGCAGGUGGCUAAUCAAUUGACACGCUUGUGUAACUUCCUGGGGGCACCGGCUCAACAGAUGGCACAAGUGGUCAGGCAAACCGUUCCUUUUCAAAUGGAUAUAGGGGCAGCGGAAGAUGAGACAGUCCAUGAGGUACAAAUUCUUAGACCCCAACAAAAUCAAGGCGUUGAAUCAGGAGUAGCAGGACGUAACCAGAUGGUGUUGGUUAACCGACAUCAGGAUGCUGAUCAAAUUAUCGAUCAACAUCGACAAGAAGACUUAGCAGUAGAAAAUGAUUUGACAACUAUUGUCGAAAGGAUUAUGGCUAGGAAUGGUAUGAGUUCCACAUUGCAAAGGCCAUUAUAUGCUUCCCCAUUGGCUGAAUUUAUUCUCCAAACCGAGGCACCUAGAGGAAUGAAAGUGCCUAAAUACACUAAGUUUGGGGGAGAAUCUAGUGAGUUGACAAUAGAACAUAUUGCCAGAUAUUUAACAGAGUCAGGAGAUUUAUCUCAUAAUGGAGUUCGACAUCUAGAACGACUAAGGUUAGAGAAGGUUAGACACAGUAAGGCUAAGAAAGAAAAAGUAGCGUUUGUCGACUAUGACGCGACAGAUCCAAUCUGUGAGGCUGAUUAUGCCUCAUCGACCGAAUUAGAAAUUGACGUGGCUGAGUUAAAGCUAGGAUCUGCUUAUGAGUGUCGGUUAUUACUUCCUGCACAAGGGAAAAUCCUGUCGAAAAUAAUCCAAAAUUCCCUCUAA